CCCCUUCCGGUGUCGUGCGGUUACUGCGGCGGAUGUUGAUGUUUUGUUUCGGAGUCUGCUGAGCGAUGUGAGCUGGAUCGUCUGCGGGACGAGCUGAUCUUUUCCGUGCUUGUCUCGUCGCGUCUCUUUGUGGCCCGUUUUCUCGGCGAGGUCUCGCUGUCCGUCGGCACCGUGUCUCUCCCGGCGUCGCUCCCGGGAAGCGCGAGGCCGAGUCGUGCGAUGAUGGAGGACUUUGACGAGAUCUACGAAGAGGAGGAGGAGGAAGAGGAGGACGAGGACAGGGCCGCGGAGGAGCAGCUCCUCAAGUACGCUCCGGACCCGGUGGCGGUGCGAGGGUCCGGCCACGUCACUGUGUUUGGGCUCAGUAACAAGUUUGAGUCAGAAUUUCCUUCAGCACUUACAGGGAAGGUGGCACCGGAGGAAUUCAAAGCCAGUAUCAACCGCGUAAACAGCUGCCUGAGGAAGACGUUGCCAGUCAACGUGCGGUGGCUCCUGUGUGGCUGCCUCUGCUGCUGCUGCACGUUGGGCUUUAGUUUGUGGCCUGUCAUCUGCCUCAGCAAGAGGACGAGAAGAUCUAUAGAGAAACUCCUGGAGUGGGAGAACAGCAGACUUUACCACAAGUUGUGUUUGCAUUGGAGACUGAGCAAAAGGAAGUGUGAAACCAACAACAUGAUGGAAUAUGUAAUCCUAAUAGAGUUCCUACCUAAAAUCCCCAUCUUCAGACCGGAUUAGCCCGACUGCUGCUGAUCUUAAACCAGCUCUGCCACAGAACCACAAAGGCUGUCAAGCUCCUUAAUAACAACCCAUCCCAAAAUACCACAAUAUUUUUUGUUUACAGAGUAGCAUCAAUCCUUCUAACUUUUCUCUUUGACUCGUUCUCCCACUACACCCUUGUUUACAAAUCCAGCAUCCUGACUCCAGAAUUGGAGUGAAUUGAACCAUUGAACCUUGACCUUUUCGGACGUGCUGGCUCACUGUUAAGCCACGCGAGCCGGUACCAGCCUGUGGGAUGUCAGAGGAGACCCAGCCAUGGGCAGUAUUAUUGAUUUUGGAGCCAGAGGAGACUGGACUCUCGAACUGAAUUCUGUGACUUCCGCUGCAACUGGAAUUUUUUUUUGUCACUUGUAUGUUCCCUAACCUUAAGCACAUGGCACAGUCGGACCAUGAUAACACUAAAACUUUCAUAUGUUGCCUACUGUCACACCGCCAACAUCACUUGCAAAAAAAAUACACCCAGUGCAUUUGUAACAGUUGGUCUGGUGCUGUAGAUCCUCGCUGGAGACUGUGGAGGCAACAUAACAUGGAACUCCAAAGGAACCUUCAUCCACAUCAACUCUGUAGCAGACCGACCAGUCUCACAGAAACACAAUUGGACUAGUGGCCAAACGCCUGAACUCGAAAAUAUGUCACCUAUCAACUACCUGGCAUUCUUAUCCAAUCACCACCUUUCAUAUCUCUGCACACUUACUGUGCGUCUCCCUAAACCAGUGACAAUCACACACUUUGACUGUACACCCCGUUGUAUGAAUGGGCCUUUAAUGCUACACUGGUCACCUGGAACAAUUUGUUUUCAGCAUUGUGUGUGUGUCCAGGUGAUCGGCUGGCUGCCUGGCAACUGCCUCUGAUUCCCAGUGGAAGGCUACUGGUAAUGAUGAGAGGAAUUCUUGGUCUUUAUAUUUUUUUAUUAUCUCAAGUUUUGUUUACGGUUUUGGUAAAAAGAGACAGUCAGUGCUUGUAUAACUGUUCACCAUGUCUUUCUGUGUGUGUGAGUGGUAGAGACAGAAAGUGAGAGCGAAACAUAAGCAAAAAGAAGACAAAUCAGACAUGAAGAGAAAAACUUUACUCUGUAAAGCAGGGUUCUUUCUUUGAAGUAUUUCUUUGCCAUAACUGAUCUAUGUUACUUUUGUUGUAGUAAUUUAUAAAUGUGUGAGAAAUAGUCCUCAGUCGUUUUAAUUUUUUUGGUUUGGUUGUUUUUUCUGCAAAGGUGUAUGCCAUGGUGGUUUCCCUCUUGUGUCUCGGAUCACCCGCAACACUAAAGCACACAAUCGCUUUUGUCCUUUACACCUUCAUAUGGCCUCUCUUCCUUAUCUGCAGACACUGGCCUGCGUGUUCAACUUAAGGAUGUGGCUCUUCUGAGAAAGUUCCUCUGUCUUAGAUAUAAUCGUACUCAUUACAUUCAGAGGCCUGGGUUGACUUAAGGGUGUUAGAUCCUCUUUAUUAGGUGUUAGGUAAUCCCAGUGUUGUGUAUCACGAAGCAGGUUUACUAAAGUUAGCUUCAUAACUGCACUGAAUAAAAUCCCCGACUACCCCCAGA